GCAGAGACCCCGCGCCGCGGGCGGGCCAUGGCCGGCGGCGGCGCGGCCGGACCGGCGGACGAGCUCUGAGGGCGCCCGGAGCCCCCCCGCCGUGUCGUCGGGGCGCGGCCGCACCAUGUCGGCCGUCGCCUACGUGGACUUCGUGGCGGCUCAGUGUCUGGUCUCCAUCUCCAACCGCUCCGCCGUGCCCGAGGCGGCGCGGCUGAAGGUGCCGGGCGAGGGGGAGGCGGCCCGGGAGCUGCGCGACCCCCGCGACGCCUGGAAGGACUACUGCGCCCUGCUGGCCAUCGCCAAGAGCCUGCUGGAGCUGAACAAGUACCGGCCGCUGCCCGCCCCCUCCGUCUGCAGUGACAGCGUGGAGAGCCCCGACGAGGACGCGGGCUCUGACAGCGACGCGGCCACCGAGCAGGGCUCCAGCCCGCCCCGGAGCCCCCCGCCGGGGCCGCCCCCCCGCCUGCGCACCGCCGGGGCCGCCCCCAAGGGGAAGCUGGCGGCCGAGAAGCGGCACAAGUGCCCCUACAGCGGCUGCGGCAAGGUCUACGGCAAGUCCUCCCACCUCAAGGCGCACUACCGGGUGCACACAGGUGAGCGACCAUUCCCCUGCACAUGGCCUGACUGCCUUAAAAAGUUCUCCCGCUCCGAUGAGCUCACCCGGCACUACCGCACCCACACUGGCGAGAAGCAGUUUCGAUGCCCCCUCUGUGAGAAGCGGUUCAUGCGCAGUGACCACCUGACCAAGCACGCCCGCCGCCACACCGAGUUCCACCCCAGCAUGAUCAAGCGAUCCAAGAAGUCCAGCUCCAGCAGCUCCUUGUGAAGGCAGGGCUGGCCCUGGGAGGGGAGUGGGGGCGGGGAUACAGGCAGUGGUGCCAGAGCACGAGCAUCCGCUAUGGUGCCGGUCACCCUCACUGUCCAAAAGCACAUGUAGCCGAUGUUAAAAAAACAGAAGUACUCAGCAGCUCCGUCCCUGUCCUCCACCUCCCAUGCUCUGCUCUGAGAACAACAGUCUGGAGCAAGCAGACUGUAGGGUGAGAGGAGGGAAGGGACAGCCAGCAGAGGAGGCAACCACCUCCUCAAACAUAAAGCAUUGAUACUGGUGUACAUACAUAUGACAGGGUGGUCUGGCCUGUGCCACCAUAGUAGCGUGACCCCAAAGUCUUUGUGAUUGCUGUGUCAUGAACAUGUUUUGUUGAACAGUGUAAUGCUGCUUGUAUUUAGAGUUUGUUGAGUAAAAACACUUUCCGAGUCACAUAAAUAACUCUCAGAUAAAAACUCCAUAGCACAUUGUAGAAGUGGGUUUACUUCUGUGUCAGAGUGAUCCUGCACUUAAAGAGACUGUUAAGAGAACAUUACAAAUGUUACUAAUAGCAUCUGAUUGAUAUACUGAGAUAGGUGAAUUUAUACUCAAGAAGGCCCAUUAAAUAAAUGGGUCUUUUUAAUUUUUCUUUGCAUUAACUAUACUUUUGAAUAUAAGCUGGACUUUUCCAGUAAAAACAUGUAUAAUCCAAGAAGAUACUUAAAGCAAAAAAAAACCCACAACAGCUCAGUCAUUUUCUGAUCGUAUGUGUAUUUAGCUCUGUUAUUCAAUUACCUGGAAAAAUACAAGUCUGCUUAGAUAAUGUGGUGGGCAUGUGGGAGCUGAGCAUAUGUCUCUCAUGUGAUCCUGUACUUUACUUGUCAGUAAUACAGUACUGUACUGUAGAAAUGCCACUAACAGUGCUUUAUUCUGCUGUGUUUUGUUUGAAUGGGUGCAUAAUAGCAGCUAUCAUCCUUAUAAACUGCUGCUUUUUUAAAGGCUUCUUCUCUUCCUACACUUGCCUUAAAGAUUUAUUCUCUUCAUACCAUGGCCUAACUCCCUUUGAGCCCUCCAGGAGUUGUGUAUGCUUAUGGAGAGAGUAGAUCUUUCCUUAAGAGUACUCUGCUAAUGGAAACACCUGAAACUAUUGUAAAGAGCACUUCAGAAGGGCUCCUUUGUUUCUUGAUUGCUAAUUCUCUAGAGUACGGGGGAAAACCAAGAGCUAAUUUGAAAUACGGAAGGUGUGUUGCAAUACUCCUUAUGACACAAGCUUCUCUUGGUACCUUGCUUUGUACCUGUUUCAUGCAUGGCACAUCAAAUGCUGAUAAAUGCAGUAUUACUUUUAUUUGAAAGCUGUUUUUUGCUCUUUACAAGGAGCAAAAAGAUCACUGAAUGAAAACUUUCAGUCAUGGUGAUUAGCUGAAUAUUUCAAUCUUUUUUUAUGUUAAAAGCAUGAAAUUUAAGGGGUUAUCAGUGAUAUAUUUUUUCCCUCCCCAGCUGCAUAAAGGUGGGAGAAUUCUGUUUACACAUUAUUUUUUUCCAUAGACAUUCUUCUGUUUGGUUUUCACCCCUACUACAGAGACUUAGGGCCAAAUUCAUCUUGUGAGUAAUCACACUGAAACCCAAAGUGUUUCCACUGCAGACGAAUUUAGGUCAUCUUGUAAAAUUCUGUACAUAAAAAAUCUUGUUAGUACACCUGCAAUUACACUAUCUUAUUGUUUUAUCUGAUAAAAAGCUUGCUUCCUAGAAAAAAAACCAUAGAAAAUGAACUCGGAAAGUAGAGUGUUUUCCUCUACAGUUGAAUAUGGCUUUCAGCAUUAGAAAUCAGUUUGCAUACUGUGUUUUUACCUGUGUAGUUCGUGAUAAAUUCCGUCUAUAUGAAGAGAACUGCUUUUAAAGCAUUGGGGAUAUUGAACAGUCUGUGGAAUAAAAAAGGGAUGUGUUUUCUUCAGUGAAGACAUCAGGAAACCAAGCACACUUUCUACCUCCGUUUCACCUUUUUGAAACAUUUAUUUUAGAAACCAAACUUUAAUUUCUUGUAUUCAAAGUGAGUCAUAGGGAUAUAGGUUCUUCACAAUAAAAACUGGUAGCAUUGGUAUUUCUAUUGAUCUAGAAAUACAGAAAGUGUUCUGCUUACCAGUACUGUUCAUGCUGCCUUGAGUGGGGUCAGAGCCACAAGUAGCCACGAGUAGCCCAGUGAAAUUCAAAGGUGCAUGCAUGUUCAUCUUCCUUCUUCUCUCUGAAGAUCAAGCAAGAUUUCCAGUCCAUCCUGCAGUCUGGAUUGUUACCAUUUUGUGGGAUAAAUGCAGCACUUGGAAAAUUAAAGCCUGAUCCUGUGAAAUACAAGAGAACCUCACAUUCUGUCAACCACAAUGGGAAGCCACUGAUAAGCAGCUCCUAAAUCAGUAUGUAGAUAUUUUGGUCACUUAGCUACCAGGUUUAACCAAUACAUGGAAGUAAAGGGCCAGAUUUAUGGUUUCCACCUUGCUUUUUUGGGGUAGAAUGCAUAUUUAAAGAAACAUUGUUUUUCCUGCAAAGUCUGAAAGUGUCAACAGGAGGGAAAUACUUCAGUCCAUGGGACAAUGGGACAUACAAGACAUGUGUCACCAUUGCUGGUGAAAAGAUCCUGUUGCUGAAAAAAUGGUAAUGUAUGCUGUAUUUCAGCAUUAGGCAGACAGGAUUAAUGUGAUUCAUUAACCACUAACACAAUAUGCUGGGAAUAAUCAGGUUUGGGGAUUUCAUAUUACUGUUUUGUUAAUUUUUCUUUUCUUUCUUUUUUUUUUUUUUUUAGUAAAAGCAAAUAAUGGCUUUAACACAUAAAACAAACUGCAGGUUAGUUCUUUGCAUCUUGAAGUUAAGUUUCGAAGAGUGUUGCAAAUGUUGGAAAAGAAAUGAAAAAUCAGGUUCUCUAAUACCGUAUGUACUUGCACUAUUUUGGAAGUACUUAAUAGUGCUGAAGUUAGGACAGCUCUUCUCCUUGGUUAAGAAAGUCCAUUAGUAUAGAGAAGUCAUGGCUGUAAAGGUAUAGAUAUGUAACAUUCUUCUUUUUGAACAGUUUUUCAUUACCUGUAUUACAGAUCUGUUUUCAGCUUACAGAAGGACUUAGCCCAGACUGGACACAUACUUCAAAGUGCUGUUUUACAAACUAGUGAUCUGUAACACUGUAAAAUACCAACUUCCAACAGUUUAAUCAGUUUUAUUUUUGUACAGUAUUCGUAUUCUUUAUAAGUUAUUUUGCUGUCCUGUUUUGUAAAUCACAUGAAAUUGUAAAAAAAGGAAAAGAAAAAAAAAGUAGGCAUAGAUGUUUUUGUACAUAUGUGUAUAUAUAUUGUCCAAAUAAAGA